GCCUGGUGCAUGCACAAAAUAAGUAAAAGAAAACGUUAGAAUAUCAACAUUUUACAUUUAUAUUCAUCAAACAUGCUUGCAAACAACGCAUGCCGCAACCACGCAAACCUGCACACGGCAUGACCUACCGAGGACAAAUUUAAUGUGAAACUCUCCGCCACUGUACUAGCCAAUCAAAGCUGAGAAAGCCCUUAAGCGCGUAAGAUAUAACACUCUAUAACGUAUAUUCUCACUCGACUCCUAACCUGGUUCUUCACAGAAUCGAUUGACUAAUUAUCAGAUUCUCUUAGCAAAACAAAACCGAAAACAAUGUUGGAUCCAAAACGUACAAUAUUCUUUAUGUGUGAUGUACAAAAAAGUCUGUUAAAUGUUGUCUUGGACUCAGAAAAUGUUACUCGACGUAUCUCUAAUCUUUUGAGUUUAGGUAAAGCAAUUGGAAUCCCAUUGAUUGUGACAGAACAGUAUUCGAAAGGUCUUGGCAAUACAGUCAACAAUUUAGAUAUUUCACAUGCUCUAUGCGUGGUUGACAAGAAAACAUUCUCCAUGUGUCCUGGAUUAAUUGCUGAUAAAAUGAAAGAGUUUCGGGAUUAUGUUGUUGUUUUAUUUGGAUUAGAAACGCAUAUAUGUGUUCUUCAAACAGCUUUACAAUUAAUAGAAGAUAAAUACAAAGUUGUCAUUGUAGCUGAUGCCUGUAGUUCUCAAAGUGCUGUUGAUAUGCGGAUCGCUUUAAAGCGUUUAAGUUCAACUGGGGCGAUAAUCACAACAACAGAGUCAUUAUUAUUUGAAAUUAUAAAAACAAAAGAUUCGCCACAAUUUGAUUUAGUUAGAGAUAUGACCAAAAUACACUUACCAGAUCAUCCAGCUUUGGAUAAAUUUUAACAAAAACUUUUUCUUCCACCCUGUGUUUGAUAUUGCAUAACUUUAUUAUUUAUUACAAGAAAAUAUUUUUGCUGUGUGGUUUUUCUAUGAAAAGAUUAAUAUAUUUAUAUUCAUAUA